AUGUCGAAUCAACCGAAUCAAGAACAAACCGAAGUUAAGCCAACACCGGCGAAUGCUCCCGCCGACAACGGCGCAAACGAACUGUUGACCGCUCGGCAAAAGUUAGAAAAAUUCUUGAACGAGAAAAAUGCAGUGACGGAUGUCUUGAAUCAAAUUGAAGAACAAACCGGCGUCCAAAAAAUUUAUCAAGUUGGUGGUCUCGGAGGAUUCUUAGCUUUCUAUAUGGCCGUAGGAUAUGGAGCACAAAUACUUUGUAAUGUCUUGGGUUUCGCUUAUCCAGCUGUUGCAUCUAUUAAAGCUAUUGAAAGCGAAGGUUCACGGGACGACCGCCAGUGGUUGACUUACUGGGUAGUCUAUGCUGUCUUCAAUAUUUUGGAGUACUUCUCUGAUCUACUACUAUCUUGGUUCCCGUUUUAUUUUCUAAUGAAAUUGCUAUUCCUCUGCUGGUGCAUGGCUCCUGUAUCUUGGAAUGGAUCCCACAUAAUUUACUUCAAGAUCAUAAGGCCGUGGUUUUUAAGACACGAACAGGAAAUUGAAAGAGAUCUGAAUAUGAUCGAGACGGAAGUUACUGGUGCCGCUAACGCAGCUGUGAACGUUGCUAAAGAGCACGCAACAACUGCGGCCCAACAGCACCUCGUCGACCAAAUGCAGCAUAGCGUAUCGGGUAAUCAGCAAGAGCCAGAAAACUAAAGGAAGAUAAAAGACGAGAUAAUACCACACAUAUCAAGUAUAAUCAUCACAAAGUAAAAAAUAGAUACGAC